AUGGAGCUACUUAAAAGCACUAGCAUAUGCAAGAUGGACAAAGUUAUACCAAUGAGUUGGUUAAACCAAAUACUGCUAGUUUUUAGUACAGCAACUGCUGUGUUGUCUUUAGUUGUACAGGCAUGGACAGAUCUCACAUCUAUACCCAUAUAUGUUUCUAUCUCUUGGGCUGUGUUCAUCACAAUUAUAUCCAUAUGGCUGAGCUGCUGCUUGUUACGCCUCACACUGAAAGCCAAUAGUCCAGUUAAUUUAGAAUGUUGCAUUGUGAACAAAUGGAUCUAUAAGAAAUUAGUGCGUCGUCUCAAGUUGGAUGCUUCUGUAGACAAGGGCAAAAAUAACAAAGUCGACUGCAAAAGUGAUAGUGAAGAACAGGGAGAGAACUUGAGUGCUGCACAAGAGUCUAGUGUUAUGCCUGAUAAUAAUGCAAUUUUGAGAGAUUUUCAUAGGAAUGAGGUCCCUUUAACAAAACGGAAAAGACCGAACGUAACAGAUAUGACGCAAGAAAUCAAUGCAAAAUGUAUAGAAAUUUGGUACAAGAAUAUAAGCAACGAUAAGUCGUUCCCUGACGAAGCGCAGGACUUGUUACGCAAGUUCUUAACUCGACUUGCUUGGAAAGUCAGUCUAAUAGAUAAAGUUAAACUUACCAAUAAGCUGGUCAAUAUAUUGUUAUUGCAUUUAAAGGAAUAUCGUAGGGCGUUGCGCCGAGUUGAAAAGGGUGUUACAACUAGCAAAGAGGAAGCAUACAAAUAUUCACAUCCCGGUUCUCGCAGCGCAUCGGCGUUAGAACAUAUGCUGCAUCGUUUAGUCACUGUCCUAGCACAGGAGUUUUUACAGUGGGAGUUAACUAGUUCAUUACCAUGCAAGCUGCUACUGUCUAUUUUAGCAAAGAGGCUCCUGAUAACCAUAGAAACUAUAAGCUGUCCAAACUGGCUGACUGAGAACUUGUUGUGGCUACUGGAAGUUCCUUCAGAGGAAGCUGUCAUUACUGCAGCCAAACAAAAUGGUAUUAUAACGGCUGCUCUGAGUGACGGCAUCGCGUCUGCCACGGCAGCUGUAAUUCCGCAACAAUUACCGACGUCUCUCCCCAAGUCUAGUCCAUCUGCAACUGCUGUUAACGGAAACGAGAUCGCAGCUUCGCCAGCAGCUCCGGAAAGACCUACUCUGUGUCUGGAAGGCCUCUCCACAGAGCACAGAGGUCUAUGGGGAGGUAGCAUAACGGAGGACGCGGAUCUAGAACUUGAAGAGGAUAAAAUAUCGCCAGUUUACGAAGAACCGACCGAUUUCGCUACGACCAUUGCUAGACUACGAAAUCUGUUGCAACAGAAAUCCACGGCAACCACGCCACUACACGCGGAAGAGAAAUCCUACGUCAUAUAUGAAGGAAGUCAAUUCACGAAUCUGUUGAUUCCAUGGACCGAAUUCCAUACCGCAGCGGACGGCUCGCAACAAUUAUUUUACUGCAUACAAUUUGACGAUGUAGAGCAACGCGGAGUAGAUUUGUUUGAAACCACCACCGCUACCGUUAGGAGACAAUACUCUGAUUUCGUUCAACUACAUCUCAGCUUGGAAGAAAUUCCAUCUUUGGCCAGUAUCAUGUCGGAACUAGUGUUGCCCGAGGGUGGGCGAGUCGAACUCGAGACCUACUUGAAAACGUUAUGUACACGAUUAGCGAACGAGUGCCCGCCGCAACUGCGUCACUUUCUCCGCCCGAGCAGCAGCGCAGGCAAGAAAGCAGACGCGAUAGCACCACGUUUUGACCGAUUUCUCGCCAAGACUGUGACUGGUGUCUUUAAUACGUUGAAAACGGUUGUACCGGGUUUUGAGCUGGAUUCAGAAGAGGAAGCACCACCUUUACCAACCCUAAUGCCACUGUCCGAUAUUCCCUGGAGAUUUGUUGAAGACAUCAAAUCGAAAAGUUUGGCUUGCGAACUCCAACAAUUGAUAGCCGAAAGAACGGAAUAUUGCACGGUGGAUACAGCCUACGAGGCGGUUGAUUCGAUGGAAGCCAGUGGCGACUCAGAGUCAUUGGAUAGAUGGUGGGAAACCGUUAAUACUUCAUACGACGAUGAAGUGGAUGAACUAGAUUCAAAUUUAACACUGACGUGUACAAUGCUGGAUCUUGUUUGUGAGCUUCUCGCAGGAAUCGCCAGUAACAACACGUUGCAGCAAGAAGCGGUCGUUAGAUGGGUUAAGUUAUUAAUCGGCAACAUCUCAGAGCCAAUACUGCAGAAAACUAUUCUAUGGCUAUUUAACUCCUUGAGCAAUUCUUCAUUAGUUUACAAUACUCCACAUAACGUCACAAAUCAACCCGAUGCACAAUCGAAGAACAAGUUGCUGCGUAUAUUAAACGAGAAGCUCUCGUACUGCGUAAAGUUAAUAUUCGGUGAGGACGAUACAUGCAAAGCUCUGAACUAUCUGUUAAGUUCGUACGAAAUCAAAAAGAUCAAUAUAGAUGUGAACAUGCAAAUGUUAGACGCACUAGUAUCUGAACUGCUGAUCUCCUGUAAAACGAAUCAUGACGUCACAAACUGAUUCUAUUUUUUUUAGUCCUUUAGGUAGAAAACUAGGUGCAAUUUGCAAGGCUCGCAUAUUAUUUUAUUUUCUCAAUAGUGGGAGUCAUCAAGAUACUUAUGUCAAAACACUUAUGUAAAGGAAACUGAUGUGCCAUAUGUAGAGCAUAUGUUUACAUUUUGAAAACUGAAAGAUUUUUUAAAAUGAAGACUGUGUACCUGAUUAUACAUUUACAAUAAGAUACGCCAAGCAUUUUUUCCAUUAGAAACAAAUGACUCCUAUCGAUCAAAUAAUAUGAAACGAGUCACUCGUGGAAAGGCACUAUAUGCGUUUCUGGACUUACUAAACAUAACAUUUAUAUGUAACGACUAAGUUUUGUACAAGGAAAAUGUAUGUUCUUGAAACAUACAGUGCAUGUUAUACAAGAUAUAGAGACUGUAGCUCUCAUUAUUACAUUCCAAAGAUUGCAAAAAAUAGUGUAUGUACGAAAUGUAGGUGUAUACAUCAGCUUAACAUUCAAUUAUGUUUUAUUUGUAUAAUGAAAUUAUAAAUUAUAAUCUACUUAA